AGGCAGGGCAUGAAGUCCAAGAUCUUUGAGCCCGUCUCCUGCCCAGGCCGUUCCCUCCCUCCCUCCCUCCUUGCCCCUCCCCUUCAUAAAGUUCACCUGUGGCUGCUGCUGCGGCUGCUGCUGCCACCUCCACCACCGCUGCCACCACCUGGCUCUUCCCCCAGCAAGCCAAAGGCCACCCGGAGAGGCACCGGAGAGGCACCAGGGAGCGUCUUGGCCCUCUGAGCCCAGGGAGAAAGAAAGAUCAUCCAACACCUGAGAGCCUUUGAUCUCCCCCCAGCUCUUCUUCUUCCAGCGCUUGUCUUUCCAGAGAGAUUCCACGAGGGAGGAAAGGACGGAACCCCCGUAGAUCGCUUUGGGAUCGCUUGCUUCCCGACAUUGCUCCAUAUAACAUCCGAAAUAUGAACACGAAGCUCUUGAAGAUCGGGAUCCUGACGGCGCUGCUCUUGGCUGUCGCAAUUGGUGUUGGGCUGUUCUUUGGGCUGCGCCCACAGCCACAAAAUCACCUCUAUGCAAAGGCAGCAGUGGCUACGGAUGCAGGCCCCUGUUCGGUCAUUGGGAGGGACAUCCUUCAGAAAGGGGGAUCCGCUGUGGAUGCUGCCAUUGCCAGUCUCCUGUGUAUGGGCCUGAUGAACCCCCACAGCAUGGGCAUUGGAGGAGGCCUUUUCUUCACCAUCCUCUCAGCCGAGGGGAAAGUGGAAAUCAUUAACGCCAGGGAGAUGGCGCCCAAGAAUGCAUCCCGAGACAUGUUUGGCAACAACACCGCUCUGUCCCAGAAAGGUGGAUUGUCCAUUGCAGUUCCAGGAGAAAUCCGUGGCUAUGAAAUGGCCCACCGACGGCAUGGCAAACUGCCUUGGAAGGAGCUGUUUCAGCCCAGCAUCCAGCUGGCCAGAGAAGGAUUCUCUGUUGGCAAAGGCCUGGCCAAAGCCCUGGAGUCCAGGAGCAGUGAAAUUGAAAGCAUCCCAUCCUUGUGCGAGGUCUUCUGCAAAAGCGGGAAGGUGCUGCAGGAGAAGCAACUCCUCCGCCUGCCCAAACUGGCCAGCACCUACGAGACCAUCGCCAACCAAGGUGCAGACGCCUUCUACACUGGCAGCCUGGCCCAGCAGAUGGUGGCCGAGGUCCAAAAUGCAGGAGGGAUCCUUACCCUGGAGGACCUGAGGGAUUACCGACCAACCCUGGAAGAAAAUCCUUUAAAAGUGCAACUUGGCCAGUUCAGCAUGUAUGUGCCCAAUGCACCUUUAAGCGGUCCUGUGCUGGCCCUGAUCCUCAACAUCCUGAAAGGCUUCCGGUUCUCUAAGAGCAGCACCCGGACUCCGGAAGAGAAGGGCUGGAUGUACCACUGCAUCUUGGAGGCUUUCCGUUUUGCCUAUGCCAAGAGGAGCUUGCUUGGGGACCCUGCGUUUGUCAACCUGACAGAGGUGAUCAGAAACAUGACCUCAGAAUCCUUGGCCGACAGCUUGCGGGGCAAAAUCACCAACACGACGCAUAACAUCAGCUAUUACGAACCAGAUUACUACACUCCGGAACAUGCUGGCACAUCCCACGUCUCUGUCGUGGCUGAGGAUGGCAGUGCGGUGUCGGCCACCAGCACCAUCAACCACUACUUCGGCUCCGACCUCCGCUCCCCUGUGACUGGCAUCAUCUUCAACGACGAGAUGGACGACUUCAGCUCCCCCCACAUAUUGAACGGGUUCGGGGUGCCCCCCUCGGUGGCCAACUUCAUUGCCCCAGGUAAACAACCUUUCUCAUCCAUGUGUCCGACUAUCCUGGUGGAUGAGAAGAACAAAGUCAGGAUGGUGGUCGGUGCUUCUGGAGGGACAAAAAUCACAACCGCAACAGCCUUGACCAUCAUCAAUGCCUUGUGGCUUGGCUAUGAUGUGAAGGCUGCUGUGGAAGAGCCACGAGUUCAUAACCAGUUGCUCCCCCCGGUUACACUUCUGGAGAAGGAUAUAAAAAAGGAAAUCGAAGAAGACCUGGUGAAAAGGAAACACGAGGUCAAGAGGACCAACGACGGUGCUGUGGUGCAGGCCAUUCUCUGGACUGAAAAUGGUUGGGCUGCAGCCUCUGAUUCCCGGAAGGGGGGCUUUCCAGCUGGAUACUGAGAUGGCCAGCUACAUGU